GUACGGCCUCCUCGCGCGCCCACCGCAGCUCCCCGCAGAGCCAGACCUUUGUCGACCGCUGCUCUUCUUCAACCAGAGAAUCUGCGUGUUUACGCGUCGUAGUUGCUCGCAGUUCUUUGCUAUCUCCUCUGCAUGGCAGCGCUGGUCUCGCCUCUCGUCCGCGUCGAGCGCGGAAGUCUACAGCCAAAGAUCAUUGGCCUCUAUCAGGCUCUGUUCAAGGAAGGAGCUACGCCGCCGGAAAACGAUGGGUUCUGGGUCGAAUUCUUCCUGCUCAAGGCAAACAUGUCUGUCUUGUCGGUAAUCAUCUCCAGCCUCCCUCCCGAUAGUUUACUACAAUCACAGGCUACCACAAAAGCCAUCUUCACGCGUGCCGUGCGCUUUCUGGGAGACAAGAACCCCAAUGCCGUCAAGAACGCGCUCGAUACUCUACAUAUCCUGGUGCGCGAAGUGCUCGCAAAGCCGCUCACGAGCUCUGACAUCAUCACGGUCUUGGUAGGCCUGGAUCAGGUUGAUCGCGAGUUUAUGGAAUUCGUUGCCAGACUCGAGUUGCUAAUGCGUCGCGGCGCCACACCCGAACUUCGCUCGACAGCACUUCACACCUCGCUCUCUAUCGUCUGCGGCGCGUACCGCACCUCUCUCAUCAACUACUUUCUGCACCGCGACAUCUUCCCCGCGCUCAUCCAGAUCAUGUACGACAAGCACACCACCAAAUACACAUUCGAGGCCUUCGUCCUCCUCGGCGUCCUCUCUAGCUACGACCGAAUGCAGGCCUACAAUCCAUACCAGACGCGGCUGUCUGAUUUCGUCGACGAAGCCGUCAUGCAGAAAAUCGUCGUCGCGAUCGGCAAGUCGUGCCGGAACGCGCGCGAAGAGUACCUCGCAGUGGCCGACGACUCUGUCGAUCAGUUUUCGUUCGAGUCGUUGCUGUCCUACACCGAGAUCGCGCGGAGGGCGAAGAACGCGUUUUCGCAGCAGGAUCAGGAGUCAAAGAUUAGUAAGGAGUUCGCCGCCCUGCCGCCGUUGUCUGCGACCGUUCUUUUGGCCACGAGCAAUUUCGUGCAUGCAAACAAGUUUUUCGCGCGUGUCCUGUGUGAGACAAAACAAAUGAGUGAAGAAACGCCGUGCGGAUCAUUGAUCUCUCUCUCUUCGUAUCUACUCCAGCAUCAGCAUCGUUCCGAGCGAACAGCAAUCUACGCGCGACUGCUGAUGCUGAUAAAUCGGAUUCUUGUCGAAGAUCCGUCGACGAUGGGUCGUCUGGUCGCGCCCGAGUGUCGCUCGUCAAUCAGGAUAUGUCGUCAACGUCAGCCAGUGCUGCCGCGAGUGCAGGGUGAUCGGUUACUAGUCGAAGGAAUUCUCGAUUCGUUGAUCGGCGCUAUCCGACAUAACAUGAAGCGCACGCUAGAUGUGCCGAUGUACUCGCUUGCGAUGGGCACGAUCCUGCGAAUCAUCUCACAGCUGAAGCGGCUACGCGUUCGUCUGACAUACCACUGGUCUGAGCUGUGGAAGUCGAUAUUCUCGUUUCUGCGGUUUAUGGUGUCCUCGGCGAGCCACGUGCAAUCGCUCGACGGCGUUUCCGAGCUCGUCGACGAUACCAUCCGUAUCCUUGUCCUCGCCUUCUCCGCCGGCGAAUCGUUUCUGUCUGGGGCGGCUGACUACGACGAUCUGUUUUACAAGCUAGUCGAGACGGGAGACCUGCUGACGCGCCUGUCGACUACCUACAAACUGCCGACGACGCACUCGAUCGGCACCCUCGUCUCAAUCUCGGAGCACUACCGCAACCUGAUCAAGGAGAAAUCCACAAUGUUUUCCUCCAGCCACCUGUCCUCCGAGCAAGUUUCGGAGGUGAUCAAGAACGGCUACGACACUCUCUCGAUCUCGGCGCAGCAGGGUAUCGAUGUGUGGGACCGCUACCGCGAGUCCGACGAACGCGUGUUUCUCAAGAAAGCGGGUAUGACCGCCGUCCACGACGCGCGGGAACUGCUGGCAAGACAGAUGAUGCCUGUCGACAUGAGUGGUAACAACAGCAGCAGCAGUAGCCUCAACGGCGGUGAUGCGACAAGCAGAGACAGCAGCACGAGCAGUAGCAGUAGCAACAUGAGCAACGGCACAAGCCGAAGAGGAUCCAACGGCUACGCCAGCGGCACGACGUCGCCUGUCAGUAUACGGAGUCGCACCAACAGUGCGGGAUCAUCUGUUGAGUUGAACGGGCUGGGAAGGAAUGGCCAUCAAAUGGCGGUGUAUGCGAAUGGAAAGUAGCGACGCUGUCGUUCUCGUGUUUAUAUUUGCUUUUCUCUGUCUUUUCUCUAUAUAGUGUACUUCUUUCUCACAGUCUCUGACGUCGCAUAAUACGAUCUUACAACAUCUAUUGACAUAACCAGUUAUUCCAUUGUUAAUACAAAACAAAAGCAGAUUAA